GAAUCGCUUCCAAGAAACUUGGGAGUUUGGAGCCAACAGGGAUCUGUUCCUUCCUGCAGCUGUGCAAGGCACAAAGCAGGAGUCCCCCCUCCCAUGCAUCACCCCACUGGCUGCCUCUUUAUCCAGACAAUGCCCGUUUUCCAGAGACUCCCACCUACCUGGUAGUUAGUGGAGUCAUGUGGCUGCAGCACUUAAUUAAUAAAAGGCCGAUAUAAAUCCCAGUAAGCGUGUGGGGAGGAGGACACUGAGGCAGAGCGGUAGCGGCGCUUCCAGCGAGCUCGGUGGAGCAGCGAACAGCAAUCCCCCUCUCUGCUCGGAAAGGUUGUCCCCCAGGACCAUGCUGAACGUGUUGCUGCUGUGCUGUGGGCUGCUGCAGGGGAUCCAGGCUGUCCUGGAUCUCAGGACUGCUGACCUCAGCUGUGGCCACCUGCAGAAGGCAAGUGGUGGGCUGGAGGGGGUGGACAGAGCCCGCCACACCAGCCUGCAGCGGAAAGUCAAGGAGGUGUCUGCGGAGCCGGCAGGAACUCUCCCAAGGCUGGGGUUUGAGCAGAUGGCCCUGAGGGUCCAAGAAGCUGAUGCAAAGAACCUUGUGCAGAGAGGCAGCCUGCUGGAACCACAGGCAUCAUCCACAGAACUGCAAGCUGCAGGCCGUGAGGAGCGCUCCCCCCGCCGCUGCGUCCGUCUCCUGGAGUCCUGCCUCGGCCACCAGAUCCCCUGCUGCGACCCCUGUGCCACCUGCUACUGCCGCUUCUUCAACGCCUUUUGUUACUGCCGGAAAAUCAGCACCAACUUCCCCUGCGGCAAGAACUAACACCCAUGGGGCUGCCAGCUCCUCGCCCCUGUGUGUGCCUCCUUCUCUGCAGCUCCAAUAAACCAGCCCUUUGCAAAAGCCA